CAGUGGUUGGGGGAUUCUAUGUUAUAAAAAACGACUUAAGAAUAAGAUACUGAUAUUCUGAGAAUCGGCCGAACAGAGUUACUAUUAACGCGCUUACUCAAGCUAGUAGUGCAAACAUCUACUGAGAGACGUUCAAGCUAGAGAUUGUAAAAAGGUAAUUUAUUAUGAAUCAAGUGGGAAAGCAAUUGACGCGUUUCAUACAGACUGUACAGACUGCAGUCAUGUGCAGUGCUUUUAUGAUUAUAAACUAGGAGUAAUCGGAGCUAAUAGGAGAGUGCGUUCGUUGUUCGGCGUAGUACAGGUAACAGUUGAGGAGGAAGGGUGGAUAGUUAUUGCUAUGGAUUAAUUUGAUCAAACUAGGUGAUUGCUUACAGUGAAACCUCUAUUUAAACUGUAAAUCAUUAUGAAAAAGUCUUGAAGGCUAGUGAUGUCGUAUAUUUCACCUCAACGCAGAAUGUGCGCAGAAUUUCGUCUCCUAUCAAACGCAUUCAACACGAGUAAAGCGACAUCGCUAACUUAACGCUCAUGACAGGGCUUAUGAGUUUAUUAUCAUUUCAUAUCUGCUUCAUUAAUUAUGACCUAUUGUAGCUGUCUAUAUUCUGCUGGUGGACAACUUCAAGUGUUUCCCAGAACUGACCAUCAGAUAUUUCUUCAAUUGCCGUCACUUUCAGUAGAAAAGCCAGUGAUUCUUUAAUACAAAUUCGUUGUUGGUCGUGUUGUGUGAUCGUUUUGUCUUUUAACUGAUGAGUCCUACCGACGACGUUGAAUUCAACUGUCAGUGUCACUCAUCUCACUAUAUGAUUGUGAUCAUUUUGUUAUUUUCUAUGGCUAGUUAUUUAAUCAGUCAACAUGCCCUCUUUCUGAGAAGACCUACUUAAAAGGUCAUUCAGAGAUCUAAAAGGUUCUAGCGUUUCCAGCUAUAGCCUCCCCGCAGACGUUCUUUGGGGUUCGUUUGUCACGUAUUCAUUUCUCCACCACAACGAUCUGAACAAAUUUCUUUUCCAUAGCUCAGUUUUGUUUCCAAGGCCAAAACAAAUAUUCCUCAAAAAGAGCUGUGGGUUACGAAAAGUAAACGAUGUUUAAUUAUUAAUCUCUUCCUGUCAGAAACGUAAGGUCUGAAUAUGGAUUCAACCAUUGCACAAGGACCAGGAGGAAAGGAUAAGGUCCAAGACGAAGAUGAAAUCGGUAAGUCUUCCAUGUUUGUUUUCCCUUGGUAGUUCACACAUUGUACUGAGGAUCGCUUUACCGGUUCUGGUCAUUUUUGAGAUCCGUGUUUGAGGUCAAAAUUUCGAUUUGAAUUUGGCUUUUAGUCCAUUUGAUAUCUACAGGCUACAGUUUCCGGUUUUUCUCUUUUUGAUAUUCGGUUUCGGUUUUCAUUUAUUUAAAAUAAAAUAAGCAGUUAUUCGCUUGUCAAGUUCUUUACCCCACAGCUUUAGAUCCUUAUCCUCGGGAGCUUUUCCAUUUUGAGCGGUAUUUUAUUCCCUCUUUUGGUUUUAAUGAAAAGUUUGACCGGCGUUUCCGGUUUCUGAUGGGCCGAAAUGUUCCCCUGUUAUGAUGGGUUUCCAUUUAUACCUUUCAAAUGUCUGACUUUUAACCAUUCCGCACCAUUUAGGAUAAAGUCAAUUAAAUCAUUUCGAUGUUUGCGAAUUAAAAGGGUUACUGACUAUUCUUUGUUACCAGAAGCAUUGUUCUUUUAUCGUUCCGAUUGAUGAAAACAAUAAUGAAAUAUUCACGAUAAAAUAGAGUGUAACUAAACACCUUGUUGUUAACGUGCAACAUGUAACAGUUAACACCCACGUUAAUCUCAGUUCGUUAGCACGCCAAUAGUCUCAGCUUAUUCUAGAAAACGACAAUCUUUCCAAUGGUACAAGAAUGGAACUGUAGUACAAUUUUUCAAAAUCAAAACCAAGUAAACGUCUUGAUAUCGAUACAGUAAUGCUCAACUUAAAAUUUUCUAUGUGGCCCUCAGAUAUUAAAUGCAUGUUAAAAGAAGGACGACCGACCAUGCAAGACAUUCAAUGCCUGGUCAGGGAAUUAAGCUGCAAUCCUGAUGAAAAGAUGAACUUUUACAACUUACUCGGGAUAAGCGAUUAUGGAACAGGAGAAGAUGGAGUACCCAUAAACAGCGCUUCUGAUGUCACUGAUGGAGUGUCUAUUCUUAGGCACCCAAUGGAGAAGGAAUUGAAGGACGUAACCUACCAAGGCCUGGCAGCAGUGCUAGAUCACCGUUCCUUAAACAGGCGGGAUCUUGCGUUUAAAUAUUGCACCACUCAAAGUGAGUCAGAUAUCCAUCUGGCUGUAUGUGCCAGUUGUAAUUUUGGCUCAUUCUAUGUUUUGAUUUACAAGUUUGAUUGUUUACCAGUUUCUAUUCAUACCAAUUAUUGCUCUCGUCAAAAUCCUCACGAUAAGCAGUAGCAAUCUGAUAAAGAAGCGAGAAUGAUUUUUUUGAUAUUCCUCGCUAUCUUAUCCGAACUGAGAGGGUAAAGAAUACCACCUUUUGGACAAAUAGUAAGUUCCUUUACCAGUCUGCAUUGUAUGCAUGCUUUAUUGAAUUUUAAAAAAUAUUUUUCUCCCGAAAGAAUGAAAAAGAUUUCUUUUUGUUUAUCUCAUGUUAUUUGUCUCCAGAGAAAAUAAGUCUACUACCUUUUAAUUAAGCUUAUUAAACUCAUCGUACGAGUUAACAACCAACAUGCUGUAAUUCCCUAUUUAGAUAUGAUUCCCACCUACAUCUUAGCAAGGGGGAAAAAGGCCUUUGAUGCUUACCGAAGAGCUUUGACAUCCGGCAAAACGAACGACAAGCGAGUUAAAGUCCUGUUGAUUGGUGAUGAUGGCGUUGGAAAGACAAGCGUUGGUAAAGCACUAAAAGGCGAAGAGUUCAAUGAGAACGAGGCAGAGAGGGAUGGUGUACUCAUGAGCGAGGCUAUCAAGAAUGCGACUACAAAGCCUUGGACAAACUCGGCUGCUCAAAGAAAGUCCAGUACAUACAAGUACAAGUGUGCAGAAUUUAUCUACCAAGACUUUCAAAGCGGAUCGACUGCUCCAUUAUCUGAUGACACGGUGACGCAAGGAUCUGUUGAGGCAACAGCGGUGACUCAAAACAUCCAACCAGGUUUGUUUCAUUUAAUAAUUUAUUAACGUUAUAUUAACCCUUUCACACCCAAGAUCUGUGUAGGCUAAUUCUCGUAACUGAUGACCAUAAAAACGGGUUUAUUUGCUAUUCCUGAGAAUUUGGUGUUACAUCAAAACACUAUCCCCUCAAUAAUGAUUUUCUUAAUUCUCAUUACCUUAAUUUUUGCUUGAAAGUUUAUUAAAUUUGUGAGGAGAAUUUAUAUGCUGGUCACUCCUGGGAGUGAAACUGAGGGUUAAGCUCAGUCUUGUGGAAAGGCGGUCAACAAACCUAUGACACAGGAUUGCUGGGAAAACUUUGGAAAAGCAUUUACUGAUUCCAAAGAGAAUUUAUUCGUAAAAUUGCUUAGAAAAGGAAACAAGUCAGUAUUCAAUAAAAUUGUUUCGAUUACUUGUAAACUCCUCCUACUGUAUGUUUUCGUCUUUACUUCAGCGUCCCUACAAGUUGACGGAAGUAAUUUGUCAUCACCCAAAACUACCGAUGAAGUUGGUGAAGAAGCCAUUCCAGAGGAUAACUUUGGAGACGAUGAGGUCGAUAGCUGUCGUGAUGAUACCAGUGGAAUAUGGCCAAUUAUUUGGGAAUUAUCUGGACAAGGUGUCUAUCGAGCCAUCCAUCCCAUCUUCAUGUCCCCAGACGAUGUGUACGUCUUGGCGUUUGACUUGUCAAAGGGUUUGUUCGACAAGCCGAGGGGAAAUAACAAUGACAGUGGCUCCGUGACGGACCCUAACGGCGAAGAUUCCAAUCUCGACCAUAUCAUGAGAUGGAUGGACAUGGUGCAUUCCUUGAAAUAUGUUGCAAAUGGCGAAACCCUCCCUCCUGUCAUCCUUGUGGGCACGCACGCCGACUGUGUCGAAGACCCUGACAGCAUCAUGGAGGGACUUUUAGACAGAUUUUGCAAGAACACAUUGUUAGGCGAUCAUGUCGCGGGACGUGUCGUCUUGAAUAACACACGCUCUGGUAAAGCACCUGACCAAGAAGACACACAAAUUGUUAAUUUGCGUCGGCAAAUAUUGGAAAUGGCCAGUAAGAUGCCACAUACCAAGAAAGAGAUUCCCCUCAGAUGGCUCUACAUAGAGAGUAAAAUUCAAGAAAAAGCUAAAAAUGGAGUGCAGUACAUUUUUAAAAAGAACUUUACAAAAGAGAUUGUUGAGAAAUGUUGUAAACUUCAGGAUGUAAAUGACAUUGAACAGAUCUUGCAUUUUCUUCACGAUCGUGGAUCAAUAAUCUAUCACGAGGAUGCCAGUGACCAAGAUGGCUUAGUGAUACUGGAUCCACAGUGGCUUGUCAAUAGCCUAUGUGAGAUAAUAACUUCGUUACCAAACGGAGAGGAAAAGAUAACGAACCGCAAUCAUCGGCAGCAUCUUCUGGAAGAGGGCAUUCUUGCCCAACAACUUCUAGUCCACUCUUGUACAGAGCGGGGCUUGGACGAAAUCAAGAAACCGCUGGUGUCCCUUAUGAAAAAGUUUAACCUUCUUUUUCCUUGUGCAAGUAAGGAGAAACAGCCAAUGUACCUCGUUCCAUGCAUGCUGAAAACAAAGCCACGAGAAUAUGAAGUAAUCCCAUCAACCAAUGGUUCUUCAACAUCAUUACCAGUUUAUCUAACCUUCAAGACUGAGUUCUUGUCCAUGGGCUUGUUCUCCAGACUGGUUACACUUAUUGGAGCAUGGGCUGCGACAAAAAGUUCAUGUAAGCAGCCGCAGAUAUACGCUAACGAGGCACGCUUCAUUUUAGACGGCAAGAACUUCCUCGGAUUGCUUUGCUUCAAAAGUGUCAUAAAGUUGCAAGUUUGGUCGGAAGACGACACAGAUCCACUAUGCGAUGAUCCAGAAUUUUGCUCAGAGAUUUAUUGGUAAGCCUGUGUACUUAUUUCGCUUUACGAGUUCAGACUCAUACUGAAAAAAGGUUUCAGUGAGAUUUGACGUAUGAAGCUAUCUCACGUAUCAGUGACGGAUCCAUAGGAGGGGCCAGGGGGGCCCGGGCCCCCUUAUUUUUAGUUAAGACCAAACCGAGGCCUGAAGGGCCGAAAACGUUUUUUGGAGACCGCCCCCUCUAUCUAAGGGUCUAGAUGACCGCCCCCCACCCCCGUCCCUUAUCUCAAGGUCUGCAUCCGGCACUGCGUAUGAUAACUGGCUGUGAUCACAAUUAGGGUGAAGUGAGAUUUAAGCUACAGUAUUUUUAGUAACCGGCGGCGAGGGAUGACAUAAGCGGCGGUACGUACAAUCGUACACCACCGGUAGCUGGCUUUUACUGAACCCUAUGAACUCUUUUCUCUUUGUAGGUUAAGCUCUCUCAGUGUAACUCUUGACUGUUAAUCGCAUCCUUAAGCCUUCACUCUCAGGAGUGACUAACAUGUCAAUUCUCCUUACAAUUUUUAUACAAUGUAAAGCAGAUAGGUAAUGAGAAUUAAGAAAAUUAUCAAUAGGGGGUAGUGUCUUGAUAUGACACCAAAUUUUUAAGAAUAGUCAACAACGGUUUGUAUGGUCAUUGGUUAGGAGAAUUAUCUUUCAGAUCUUGGGAAUUAAAGGGUUAAUACACUUCGGAACGUUUUCUAUCCAGCUUCAAUCUAAGCUAAGUUUAAAAAAUUGUUUUUUAAGGGUUGAGAAUACACUGUCACCCUCGUAAGGGAUAGCAUGCUUCAUCAAUGCCUGCCUUCGAUUCAGCCACAAAUGCACACAAUUUUUAUCUCUACUACUGGUAAUUUUUUUUACUCAAACUGACUUUGAAUAUCAAAUUUUUAGCUGCUUGGAAAGGAGUUUGGAAACAAUUCGUAAAGAGUGCCACUGGUUGCGCUCAGUGUCCUGGGAUCUCUGUGCGCAAUGCAGAUUAUGUGCAGGAAAGGUCGACUCAAACACCCGAAGAUGUAUCUGGCACAACAGAGAACGUUGUUCACAUGACGACUGUGCUCACUACAUUGCUUUGAAAAGCAGUCAGUACUUCUGUCCACAUGCUAAGAGUCGUCACGCUUUUCUUCCUAAGGAAAGAUACGAACACUGGCUUCAGGUGAGGUGAUUUUUAACAUAAUAGGCGACUGAGAAAUGACGAACUUGUAACGAUUAAACAGAAUCAGGUUGAAUAAAUAGGUGACAUCCAUACGCACAACAUUCUAGCCAAGUUCAUACAUCAAGAGUCAAAUUCACUGACGCUAAUUUGGAAAUUCAAAAACGAUCACUAGAAGAUCACUUAUUUACGGAUAUCACCGACGGACUAAUUUACAGCUCGAAGAUAGGAACAUGCUAUUGUUAGCUAACCGGGAUUUUUCUUUUAGGCUUUGGAGAACAAUAACCUUCCAGAGAAAACAGGUUUGUUUUGUUUUAGUUAUUACUUUUUUUGCUGACACCUCUUGCAUAUAGUUCAUCCAAUAUAAAAUAAAAUGAUAGUAAAAAAGUGAAUUGGAUUAGACAGUGGCAAAUCCACAACACGGUUUUUUUGCAAGUGUUUUCAAAUCUAAUCGGAAAUUGAAGUAUUCUACUUUUGAGAAGAGAGAAAAUUCGGUGAGGAUGGGGAAAAGCCUACAACACAGGACGCGAACUAACAACAAUGCUAACUCACAUAUAGUGGAUCCUCGAUUUAACGACCCUUUAUAUCACGAAGUCCUCGAUAUGAGGAACGAUAAAGAUCGUUUAGCCCGGCAAAAGUUACAGUAGAAAAUAUGGAACAGAACCUCGAUAUGACGAGGCAAUUUUACCAGUCCCUUAGAACUUCGUUAAAUUGAGGUUCCACUGCAUAACAUUAUGGAUCCGAAAUUUGAAUCUAAACGCGGAGAAGGAGGCGAGAACUCUCCACUUAGCGCCACUCCUCCGGCUUCUCAAUAUAGGGCUUACGUUGAUUUUUACUAUGACAAUAACUUCGUACUACAUGUAUAAUUGAAUACUAGGGUAACUUUUGUUCCAGUCAGGUUCUUCACUUGUCUAAUUUAAAUGUAAAUCUCCCAUUCUUUUAGCUGGCCAGUCAACCGCGAUCUCAGGAAAUCAGACGCUAAUACUGUCUUCUCUCGAACCUACUCAGAAAGCGUCGACUACUUCAACCUAUCCAAAAAAUGUUAUGCUUCUAGCUGGAGAGUGGGGUUCAUCCAAGGGCGGUCUCCCAACAAUUAACAGGCAACUAGCGAUAGAGCUGGCGAAAAGCUCAAAUCUAAAGGUCAGUUUGUACGUUACAAAGUGCAGUGAAGAAGAUAAGCGAGAGGCAGCGAGUAGUGACAUCAGCAUUAUAAAAGCAAACGAAGUACCUGGUUAUGACGAACUUGACUGGCUAGGGGUCCCAAAUGAGGAAUUGCCGAUGAUCGACGUUGUUGUCGGACAUGGAGUAAAACUCGGAAGGCAGGCACAACUGAUUCGACGCUUCUUUCCAAAAUGUGUAUGGGUUCAAUUUGUACAUACCGCUCCCGAGGAACUUGCCAUGUAUAAAAAUUACUCCUGCAACAUCUCACGAGGAGAAAAGAAGCACCAUACUGAGGUAAAACUCUGUGCAAGUGCUGAUGCGGUGGUUGCGGUUGGGCCCAAACUGACAGAGGACUUUAAGACUUAUCUCCGUCCUCAUGGGCAGAAGAAAGUGUUUGAAAUCACUCCCGAUCCAAGUAUCUUUCGCGAAUUUAGUAAAUGCAAACAGGCUAAAGAGGACAGGGAAAAAUUCAACGUUUUGAUUUUCGGUCGUGGUGACUCAGAAGAUUUUGAGCUGAAAGGGUUUGACAUAGCGGCGAAAGCAAUUGCAGAGCUUAAGGACCAGACGUACCAUCUCUACUCUGUUGGUGCCUCACAUGGACAAGAGGAAGACGUUGCAAAGAAGUUACUCCACCAUGGCAUCCAGCGUCGUCAACUAACGGUGCGUGGUUUCAUCGAAAAGCGACCCGAUCUAGCAAAGUUGCUAUGUGAGGUGGAUCUCGCCAUAAUGCCAUCAAGGACAGAAGGCUUUGGUUUGACCGCUCUUGAAGCCCUAUCCGCUGGUCUUCCAAUUCUGGUCAGCGCAAAUUCAGGUUUUGCGAAAGCUUUACAAAAAAUCAAUGAUCCCUUGGCUUUAGACUGUAUCGUGCAUUCUGAAGACGGCAAGGAUUGGGCAGCAGCAAUUCGAACCGUCAGAGAGAAACCCAGGAGGAAGCGAUUACAAGAUGCAAAGAGCUUAAAGAUGUGGUGCGAAAAGAAGUUCGCUUGGUCAAAGAGGUGUAAAGAGCUCAAGAAGGAAAUUCUCUCUCUCUUUCGAGGUAAGAAGUACAUGGCGUGUUAUAGCAUGUUGCAGUUUCAGCAAAAUUAAUACUUCUCCGAGCCAGCAGUCGCGACCUAACUACUGCGACCUGUUUCAGUUUCUGUCUGUCUCUCUGUUUGUCUGCCUGUCUAUAUAGUCUAUUCAGUUCAGGCAAUUUGUGUCACCAAUAUGAUAUCAUCAUAUUCAACGUGAAACGUUGCAAUAUCUGGGAGGAUCGAAUGUCAUGUAUUAAAAAAAAACAAGCUCUUUCACUGGGAGAUAUUCCUGGAUUUUAUGGCUGCGUGUUCAAGAAAUACGAUACUUAUAUCCAUUUUAAUAUUUUAGAAAAGGGUACUCAUGACAAGGAGUUAAGAGAUGAACAAAGAGUUGACUUAGAAGCAGGUCCAGAUCAGGAUAGCACUUCAAGGAAAGAGAAUAGCGAAGAGGAAACGCAAAAUCAGUCACAAACACAGAGAGGGCCUGACGCUGUCGAGGAGAGCGAACCGACAAAUUAUGAUGGUAUGUUAUGGUUUUAAAAGAUUCUCAAAAGUCCUGAUGCUGUUUGUUCGAAAGGCGGUUAGCACUAAUCAAGGAUUGAAACUGAGUUAAACUUGGUUUUGAUUUCUCUUGGAAAAGAGCGUCAAUAGCGCUAAAGUUUUGUGAUGUUUUAUUUUACUGUAAAGCGAAACUGAAAGAAGCAAAAUAGAAAAUAUAAAACUGUCUUUAAAGCUACAAAGCUAAAUAAAAAAAAUCGCAGCACUUAUCCGCGAUUAGCGCAAUCAUUCUUUGGACAACCCGGCCCUGAUUGUACUUGGCUUUGAGAGUUACAGUGUAUUACUUAGUAUAUAGUGAGAGGUUUUCUCUCGACCUCAAACUUUGCUGAUGUACGCAUGCGGAUCUUGCCUCUGCACCCUAGUCUUGAGUUCACGAAGAAGUAUACAUUCCAAUAUUGCACGGGGGUAAAUCAGAAGAACGUUUCCUCUUAACUUGCUAUAGCUCAAAGUCUUACAACACGUUUGCUUCCCAUUUAUAUCGGCCUCAAAGGAAACCCAACACGCGUUUGCCGAAAGAGAUAAUAUAACCAAAAGCCACGUCUGUAGAACUACCUCAUUAUCCCCAGUAAGGAUUCCAAGAGCCUCAUUUCGUGUAUCAAGUAUUAUUAAAUAGGAUUUUGAAUGCGUAACUUACAGAGCGUUGUGAUGGCUCCAGAGACACCAUCAGCUCAACACCACGUUCACCAGGACACGAAAACUACAAUUCCCUCAAUGGAGAACUGCGUUCAAAUAAAAGUAUUGUAGUAGAGCCUCAUAUCUCUCCCGAGAUCGAAACGUCGCUGCUAAACGAACAGGUAAAGUCUAAACCAAGUUUCAUUUUAAAUCAUUUUUAUCUCACGGUCAGUACAUCGAUGAUCUCGACGUUAGUGAGUAGUUAGGAAAGUCGACAUUACUUUCUUGGUCAUUUAUGGGUAAGAAUUGUGUCGAAUAAUUCUUUCUCUUCCCAGGGUUUUUAGUUAUAUGCGAGUUUACGCACUUGUUUUCAAGCAAAAAAAAAUAUGCUCGUUAAUAUUAACAAUGUGUUGGUUUUCUAAUCCUCCGGUAGUGGUAAGGUCAAAGAGAUCGUUUCAUUUAAUGUUGUGGUUUUGUCUUUUGUGUUUUUUCGUAAGUCUGUUGACGCAAAGUCUCAUUCAUAGUUAGAGGCGAGGGCCUCCAGCGUAGGGGGUGGGGGUGGGGGUGGGCGGGGGACAUGUUACCCCGUUCCCACAAAAUGUUUCUCGUGUUCCCUUGUUCCCUAAGAGUAUUUCUUCGAUUUAAGUGUUCCCUGUUCCCUAAAAUAUGCUUUUGUUCCCGAGUUACCAAUAGUUUAUAUAUAUUCCAUGUAUUCCUAUGUUAAUGGCUAUAUGGCUAUGUUCCAAUGUCCCCUGAAUCUCUUCGGAGAGUUUCUGAGCUCAAAAUGUUCAUAUACAUGCAACUUUUACGAACACAGAAACAGUUACCCAUACCGACUUGCGCGAACUCCGCCUUUGUAUUAUCGCAAGAAUGUUAAAAACCCUAAUAAACUACUUGAAACAUCUUCAAAUAAGGUUUAGAUGAAUCUAGAAUGAUUAAGCAUUAGUAUAAUACUCUUUUCUCUUUUCUUCAAUAGAAUAAUGAAUCCAAUCUUGAACAAGGUCAACAUCAAAACAAGAACAAAUUCCCGCAACAAACUGAGCAAAACACAAUGGAAGGAGAGAGGUGUGCAAAACAUAUUCCCUUUAUCAGAGAGAAACUGAACGUCAAGGAAAUUCAGUUCCUUAACUCGUGUUUUAGGCAUAAUCGUCUAAAAGUAGCGGCAUGUUUAAUCCCCCUGAUAGUAUAUUAGACUAAAAUAAAAUUGUGGUUUUUACAAACUUUUGUAAGUAUCAGCGUUCGUCAGCUUUACCCGAGGUAGCUUUUAAAUUGGUAUAUGCGAAGAAAAUUUAGCAUUUAAAAUUUAUCGUACCAAAAGGUAUAGUAAAUAAAACUUUUGCACGAGUAUUUCAGGAAAAACGUGAUUAAUUUUUACCGGAAAAAAAAUCAUGGCACAACCUUCGUAGAUAAUGUAUGGGGGCCAAUAAAAAAACAUCAAUAAACUAAAUAAAAUAAAAUUUCUACUAGAAUGCAGAUUUUCACAAAUACAUUUUGUCGCUGCUACAGGAGGGUUGUUGUUGACGAAACGAAAGGUUGAAGAAUUAUGUCCCUUUUUCUCUGGCAGUUCAACCGAAGUACGUUGGCGGACUAAACAUCUCCUGUGUCGAAUGGAUCGCGAAAAGAUAACGAAAGAAGUGGAACAUUCAAGGAUUGGAGGCAUGCGGAACUGGAGAAUAACAAAAGGCUUAGUGUUUAUUAUAGCAGUGAUGCUGUUGGUGGCACUCAUACUACAUUCGUAGAUUCUAUUGCAGGAUUGUAAGCAGCAUCACAAUUGGUGCGUUCAUGUAUAUUAGAAGAUUAAGCUCAGUUGGAGUUCAAUCACAGUUUUUCGCAUUGAAGUAUCGAUCUAUUAAGUACAAUUUUUAGCUGUUAUCGGAAGAGCUUGUGAGAACAUAGUAGUGACAAGCUAUCUAAUGACGUAAGCUAUCAAAUAGUGUACAUGUAAAUCUACUUAUUAUAUGGCUGAGUCUGUUUUCGCCAUGCGAUUGGUCAAUUUGCGCGGUCCGUAACUUGCUAUACGGACCAAAAGUUUUAAAGAAAAUGCUCAUUUCGGAGGUCUAAAUCUCUUUACCUCGUAAAAAAUGUUUAAAUGAAGUUAUAAGACGCCUGUCAACCGUUGACUUUGGCCUUCAACAUUUUAAACUGUGUUUAUUUGUGAAGGCGAUGAAGAAACUAACUCGUAAUCUAAUCGAAGAGGAUUCUAGUCAGUGUUUGAAAAUUUUAUCGUUGUACAUAGUUAAAAAGACGAAAAUCGACUGGCAGAGAUUCGAGACGUUUUGCCUAAGAGAAAAUGAGUAAUUCCUUCAACCUGCACUCGAUCAUUUUGACAACCUUCUUUGCAUUUUGCAGUGGUUUUUUCAAAGACCAACGAAAGAAAGAUAGAAGCGAGUUCGAGCCAGACACAAUAAUGUCCAGUUUUCAAAAGACUCCAGCGUCACAUUAACGAGUGAAUAUACUUACAGGGCUCUUACUUUCCAACGAAGAAACUUUGAAAUAUGUAUUUAAACCCUGAGGACUGGGAUGUUGACUUUGCCUUUCCAAAUUUUAACCUAGCUUUGUUUUAAUGAGAGCGAAGCUGUUGUAGAAACUGAAUCGUAACCUUACCGAGGAAGAGAAUUCUAGUCAGCGUUUGAAAAUUUUAACGCGGAUCACAACUGAAGACGAGAAUGAACUGGCAGAAAGGGAGGUUUUCCCAAAAACAAUUAACGAGCGAAUCCUUCGACAAUGACAACAAACUUACCUGGAAAAACUUCUUUGCCUUUUGCAGUGUUUUUUCACAAGGACAAACGGAAGAAAGAUGGAACCGACUUCUAGACAGACACAAUGUCUGGUUUCCAAAAUACUCCAGCGUUACAUUAAAGAGCUAAAACUUACAGUGCUCUGACUUAGUUUUGACCGAAUAAACUUUUUUAACAUGGCGAAUUUGUUUUUACUUUCUCGGAAAGCCUCUGUUAUGUGCUAUUGUUUUCGUGCGCCAAUAAAACUUUCUUUUUUGACACCAGUCAAAUGACUGUCAAAUCGUGCGUCCUGCACUUGUUUCCGGUACCCUAAACAGGAAGAAACCAUAUAAUAAACAUCUUAUUAGCCUCGUUUUUUCGGUCCGUACUGUAAAUUACGGAUCCUCGCGCUUCGCGCUUGGGCCAUAAAUCGAUGGAAAAAAACUCGGUCCUUAAUAGUCCAUUUUCGAGUUCGCUAUGACCGCUGAAUUAAAGAAGUGAAGACGCAUUUUUUACAGCCUUAGCCUCAAUCUGAAGUAAUAUAUUCACAAAUUCCAACGAGAAAAAGACCUGUUUAUUACUCUGUCUAUUGUGUAUAUUCAAAUUUCAAACACUUACUUGCCAGAAUUUCUGAAUAUCUUACGUUACGUCGAGGCUAACCCUGUAUGAAUGUGUCGUUAAUGUUUGUAUUCAGCGGUAAUUUUUAAUUCGAAACUGGACUAUUUACAGUACGGACCGAAGACUCGGCUAAUAAGAGGUAUUUAUAUAAAUCUUAUUUUUUUGUGGAAGUAUAAGAGCAACUUCUCGUACCAUUUUUGAAACAGUAGCCUGUAAAUGGCUUAUGAGUAAUUUGUGUAAAUCAUAUAUGAUAAGUUUUGGUACUAUUCUAUUACUUUAUUUUGUAUGAAAAAGCCAAUAAAGAUCACCAGAGAAAGCUUUAUUUUAUCUAAUUAAGGGAGACGUUUGCUUUCAUAAACGUCUGUUUAUAAGAAUAAGAAUGUAAUUUUUCCCUGUUUUUAGAAGGAGAACCUCGUCAAAGUAUUCGACAAAGACUAC